CUUGUGGUGCAGUAGAGAAUCAGCAGGAAGAAGUAAUAUUACAAGUGGGAAUAUUUUUUUUACCAAUUAAUAAAACUGAUUAAUAAACAGGUGUCACUUCGCAGUUCUGUCCACCUGGGUGGCGUUACAGUGGGAGGGGACAUGAAGUUCCACCACGGAGAAACUCCAAUGACGGUGCGGCAAGAUGAUGUACCCCCCUCUCCGCCCCCCCUCCCUCUCCCAAUGGGCACUGCCUCCCAGCGGACCACUAGGUCGGGCGCAAGGGAUUGAAAGUCUGUGCAUGUGAAGCUCCUUAAAGAUGUGCGCCGAGCGUGCGGCACAGACUUUCUCCGUUGAAGAAACAGCGAGAUGAAGAGCAGCGCCAACCCGGCACCAUGCGCUCCAGGCUCCCACGGACCGCCUGCUUAUUGCGACUCACUGCACUCUGCAUCCUCCUCUCGCACGCCGCAGCUUAUUUUGGGCUGACAGGUCGGGAACCUCUGGUGCUUUUACCGGCUCCGUUCUCCAGCGAGCCUCCGACAGGAAAGGCCCACCUGAAGCAGUGUGAGCAGAUGACUCUGACCAGGCGGCAGAAGAGGCUGUGUCGCAGGGAGCCCGGCUUGGCCGAGACGCUGCGGGAGUCGGUGCGCCUCAGCCUCCUCGAGUGCCGCUAUCAGUUCAGGAACGAGCGAUGGAACUGCAGCCUGGACGGACGGGGAAGCCUCCUGAAGAGAGCCUUCAAGGAGACCGCCUUCCUGCUGGCCGUGUCGUCCGCGGCGCUGACCCACGCGCUGGCCAAGGCCUGCAGCUCGGGCCGCAUGGAGCGGUGCACGUGCGACGACUCCCCCGGCAUCCAGCACCGGGAGGCGUGGCAGUGGGGGGUCUGCGGCGACAACCUCAAGUACAGCACCAAGUUCCUCAAGAGGUUCCUCGGCCAGAAGAGGGUCAGCAAGGACCUGAGGGCGCAGGUGGACGCCCACAACAUCAACGUGGGGAUAAGGGCGGUGAAGAGCGGUCUGAAGACGACCUGCAAGUGCCACGGCGUCUCCGGCUCCUGCGCCGUGCGGACCUGCUGGAAGCAGCUGUCGCCGUUCCACGACACCGGGCGCCUGCUGAAGCACCGCUACGACGCGGCGGCGCGCGCGCUGAGCGCCACCAACGCCGCCACGGGGGAGGCGGAGCUGGCGGGGCCCCGGCGCCGCGGCCACAGCCUCCGCACCGGCGACCUGGUCUACCUGGAGGACUCGCCCAGCUUCUGCAGACCCUCCCGCUACUCCCCCGGCACGGGCGGCCGCUCCUGCGCCAAGGACACCAGCUGCCAGAGCCUGUGCUGCGGCCGCGGCUACAACACGGCCGCGCGCCUCACCAGCCUGUCCUGCCACUGCCAGGUGCGCUGGUGCUGCCACGUGGAGUGCCAGACCUGCGUAAGGGAGGAGGAGGUCUACACCUGCAAGACGGCGUGAGGGGGGAGGAGGUCUACACCUGCAAGACGGCGUGAGGGGGGAGGAGGUCUACACCUGCAAGACGGCGUGAGGGGGGAGGAGGUCUACACCUGCAAGACGGAAUGAGGGGGGAGGAGGUCUACACCUGAAAGACGGCGUGAGGAGGUCUACACCUGCAAGACGGCAUGAGGGGGGAGGAGGUCUACACCUGCAGGACGGCGUGAACAGACGCCGAGGGGGGUCUGGGGAGGUCGAUGGCAAAGCGUCUAGUCUCCGUUUUGAGUUGAGUGUCCACAUGUAACGCUAUGAAAUUGCUGGUUGAUGGCUGACUUUUGCGACUCCGCUUGCUCGCUGGAUGCGCUCCGAUCCAACCCUUUCUAGGAAACAAAGCAACCAAGCUCUUAAGACUGGCCUGUCCAGCAGUGGAGUGGACCCUCUUUCCAGUUGACUAUUUAUUGUAUCAGCAUUGUUAUCGGUUGUGCUGCUGCUUAUUACUUCGAACCUCUUGCGAGUGCCGCCGAAUCGGCUAAAAUAGCGUCGAGAGGAGUCUACCUGUCUGUCUUUCUGUCUGCUGUGGAGAAAAAAAAGCACUUACAUCGCGCUUACAUGUAACACAAUGUUAGAAGACUCUUUAUUUCUACUGUGUUGAAACAGAACCACUGGAAGCUUUGAGCGGUGGCCGAGGCCGCGCCACCGUGCAUUAACUGGGUUUUAUUGUAUGGAACAACGCUGGGUUUCAGUUGCUCUUAUGGAAAUGUCUAUGGAAAUCACUGCAUGGAGCCUAAUGCGGGCUCGGCAGAACAAAGGGAAAUGCUCGGGUCAAUAGCGAGGGAACCAGCAGACGGUGUCUUUGAAAAACAAGGCACUGAAAAAGCCUGAUGUAUUAACGUACAGUCCUUCUCUUCUAUUUCUCUAUUUUUAGAGGCACAUUUUUUUGCUAUAAUUGAAUGUUUAAAAUUAGCCAUUUGAGCUUCAAAGUUCUCCCUCGGCCACAUCUUUGUUCCAGAGGCCUUUGAAGCAGCCAAUCACGCUCCUUUUGUUCCCUAAUUGUUAAUCAAAGCAAAUCACCAUGUCCACGUCCUGAUGUGUGUCCAUGUGUGCAGGUCAAAAGUCCUCCUUCGGCCCAAGGGCGUGUUUUCAUUGGCCAGUUGAUGUUAUAUAUUUAUGUACAUAUGAGAUGAAUAGAGCUCCAGGUAUAUGACAAUGUGGAAUUAUGAAUUUCUACCUCACUUCUUCUUUUUGGCAAACAUCUGUAAGAUUUACGAGCUAUGCAGAGUUAUUUCCUCUGUAGACGCACGUGCUUUCAAAGAUCUCCAUAUUUCUUUAAUGAUAUUGCUGCAUUACGUUCUUAUUUAAAACAGCUGAGGCUAAUAAAUGGCUACGUUUGUAAGA